CCGGCGGAGUUAUGCGAUUGGCUGUUCGACGAGACGGUGUUCUGAGGGGAAAAAAUGAGCUGGCGGCUGCUGAGGUGAAGGAGAAAGGAGCCGCGCCGGUGUGACUAUGGAACAUCUGCAUCCCAGCAAACUACGGUGGUUCACUUACAAGUUUGAAAAGGCUCUCUAUUGUUCUAGAUGAUCUACUGGAUGACGUACCUGUUUAGAGUAAUGUUAGAACAAGUUGGGUUGACUAUGGACUCGCUUUGGUCAAGUAAGCCUUAUGGCCCAAAUAGAAGUAUUGUACGGAAAAUAGGCACCAACCUCUCACUGAUACAGUGCCCAAGGGUUCAGUUUCAGCUUACUUCUCAGCAUUCAGAAGGCAACCAUUUUAAGCAACCAAGAGAAGAUGGAGUAAUCUCUCUUGCAGAUGUAGGAUGGGUUGCUGAAGAGGAAGGUGAAGUCAGUACUCGGCUCAGAUCAGAAAUAUGGCUCAAAUCCGAAUCGUUCUGUAAAAAUGAAGACUGUUCAGGAAGAGACUCAAAUGAUCAAAUACCAAAAAAGUCACAGGACAAAGAAGACUCCAAUAAUGCAGUAGCUACAAAUGAUAAAGCUUUGCAGAAGAUUAGUGAAUUAGAAAACGAACUUGCUAGUUUAAGAGCACAAAUAGCCAAAAUUGUAAGCUUUCAGGAAAAACAGAAUUUGAUGGCAGUCUGCAAUGUUGUCACAGCUGGAAUAGAUUCUGCUGCAUCAGCUUAUACCUCAACAUUGCCGCCGCCGCCGCCACCACCACCACCUCCUCUGCCACCUCCACCACCGUUUCAGCAGAGUACCAAUGCCAUUGACCUUAUUAAGGAGCGCAAAGGGAAAAGAAUGAAAUCGGGUCAGACUUUACAGGAUAGUGAGCCAAAGAAGCCUGAAAUACCAAAUAUGCUAGAUAUCCUCAAAGAUAUGAACAAUGUAAAGCUGAGAUCAGUGAAAAGGCCAGAUGAAAGAACAAAAAGAAAAACGGACCCUACUGAUCCUGCAUCAGUAAUAGCUGAAGCUCUUAAGAAAAAAUUUGCAUAUCGAUACCGCAAUGACAGCUCAAAUAAAAAUGAAAAACAGACUACAGCCCCUGAAGCCAGGCCAUUUGGGCCACACAUGCUGAAGUCUACAGGAAAAAUGAAGACUCUAAUUGACUAGUGAAAAGUAUUAAGCAGAAGAAAUUUACUACACUUCAAAAGGGCUUUUUUGGAAAAUCAGUCUUUAUAUCUGUGAACCUGAACUGAAAUGUGCCUCUUGCUUCCACUAGUAUUUAUUCUAAGGAAAAGCUAAAAGCUCUGGUAAAACAAACAUGAAACAAUAUGUUUAUGAACACUAAUUUAUCUAUUCCGAUGUCUUACAAAAUGACAUCCUUACACUUUUCUAAACACAGUGUCAUACUAUUUAAAUUAUAGUUCCAGUGAAGUGGCUGGAAUGAUCUAAGACCAGUCUUCUGCACUUGAUUUUAGCUUAUUGGACUUUUCACUUACAACUGCUCUAGCUAUGCUGUUAUUCACUAUGAGUAAGACAGAUUUCAGUAUAUUUAUUGCUCAUCAUUACAGGCUCCAACACUUAGUAUGUUUUACCAAGUGAGCUUUUAAUGAAGCAUCUCCUUGCUUCAAAACAGGCUGCUUUGGCAACAUGCUUAUAAGCAGUAAAACAGCCAAAGUAUAGGAUGAAUAAUAAUUGUGAUUUCCUUCCAGAAUAGCCAUGCUGUUACAAGAGAUCUAAAAUGCUGCAUAAUAUGCAUUAGCAAAAUACAGGAAGCUAAGACAAAUUGCAGUUUACUAGUUAAGGCAAUGUAUGUUAAACUUUGCAAAGGUACUUUAAAUGAGAUGGUAAAGAUGACGGUAACACCAGGUUGUAUUUUGUUCUUCCAUUUAUUGUGACAAACCAAGGUGCUACUCAACUCAUCCUUCUUGAUUUCUUACCAGUUUCAUCCAGCACUCUUUCUCCAUUGUUGCCAGACGUCAGGAAGGGAUUGAGCUCUAAUGAGAAUGUGAAGAGAGGGAAGGCUAUCUACACCCUUAGUUUAAAAAUCACUUAAGUGUUAGGUAACUUAGCUCAAAUCUGCACAUAAUACUGUGCCACACUUUGCACCAGAAGAUUGUGGCCCUUGUGUUCACUGUUUGUGAUAUGCAGCAUUGCUAGGAGUGGCUAGUUUAAACGGCUGCCCAGUAUAGUAGGAAAAAAGAUCCAAAAAAGAAUUUGGUGUUGGAAGAAGGAAAAUACUGCUUUCAGAACUGAUAUAUUUUCAAAAUGCAGCUCCUCUCAAGGUCUCCUAGUCUGUACUUUUCAGCAUUUGUAUUUUAGAAAUGUGUUACUUAAAUGGCUCAAAGUAUGUGGGAAAAUAUACAGGACAUUGCUAUAAACAUUUAAGUGCUGUAAUGUUCCUCAAAUAUUUUAAGGCAUUCAUUUUAAAGUGUUUUAUAAAAGAUGGUUUUAUGAACUAUUUUCUUUCGGAUCAUGAAAAAAAUAGUUUGUUUAUAAUCUUGUGACUAAUAAAAAGAUUUAAGUCAAA